AUGGCACCCAAGGAACUCAACUUCAUCACUGGCAACAAGAACAAACUUGCCGAAGUGCAAGCAAUUCUUUCUGCGACGCCAGUCAAAUUACAAAGUCAGGCGCUCGAUUUGAUUGAAAUUCAAGGCACCAUCGAGGAGAUCUCUCGGGACAAGGCUAUCAGGGCUGCUGAGGCUGUUCAAGGACCAGUACUGGUGGAAGAUACAUGUCUCUGCUUUGAUGCAUUCAGUGAGUUGCCAGGACCAUAUGUAAAAUGGUUUCUGCAAGCACUCGGAGUUGCGCAAUUCCACAAACUGCUGGCAGGUUUCGAAGACAAGUCCGCACAAGCUGUCUGCACGUUUGCAUAUUGCGAGGGACCUGGAUCUGAGCCAAUCGUAUUCCAAGGACGGACAAAGGGCAAGAUUGUAGAAUGCCGUGGUCCAACAGAUUUUGGCUGGGAUGCGUGCUUCGAGUACGAAGGCCACACAUACGCGGAAAUGCCCAAGGCGGAGAAGAACAAGAUCUCUCAUCGUGGAAAGGCGCUGGAGAAGCUCGUCCAGUGGUUGAAGCAGGAAGUUUAG